GCAAUACAUUGAUUAUUUUAAAAACACAACAAAAGAAUUAAGAUUAAACAGUCCAACACGUUAAACUAUCGCUAAAUAUUUAAUCAUCGUUAGUACAAAUGACAUUCGAUGAUUCACAAGAACUAUGAAGCGUAGCACAGAAAGAAUUGACUUUAGUUGUGUUUUUACCACUCUCUGAGUAAGUUGUGCAUCGGUGCAACGUGAUUAGAAUGGAGUUGGACGACAUUUAUAGGCCCAUAACUAAUAUUUUUUAUCGUGUAUCAGACACGCUCGGGAUACAAUGGGCACCAAGGACUACUCCCUUGCAUCGCCGUCUCCAGACCCUGGCUGCUGCGGCUUGGAUAUGCUUAAUAUUAUUCGGUGAAGCUGUCUGCAUCUACCUCUUCUAUCUGAUCGUAUACUCCAGCUACUGGUGGGUAGCAUUCCUCUACCUGAUAUGGAUGAUCAACGACAUUGAUAUAUGCAACAAAGGUGGUCGGAGAAUCGAUUGGAUAAGGAAUUGGGCAUGGUGGACAUACUACUGCGACUACUUCCCAAUUAACGUGGUCAAGACCGCAGACCUAGAUCCUACGAAAAACUAUCUCUUCGCAUGUUUCCCCCAUGGGGUUGUCUCGGCAGGAGCUAUAGGAUCAUUUGCCACUAACGCUUUGGACAUCUACAAUGUUUAUCCCGGCUUGACUCCGUACCUCAUUACGCUUAGAGGACAUUUCUUGAUACCGUUUUUUAGAGAUCUAAUUAUGGCUUUGGGUGCCUGCUCGUCUUCGGUAGAAAGUCUUCUUUAUUUGUUGAACAAGGACAAGCAUCAGGGUAAUUGCGUGGUUUUAAUAGUUGGCGGUGCAGCGGAGGCUCUGGAUGCUCAUCCUGGGGAGUAUAAGAUCAUCCUCAGCAGAAGAAAAGGAUUUAUAAAAGUUGCUAUGCAAUCUGGAGCUCCACUGGUGCCGGUCAUUUCGUUCGGCGAACCGGACGUAUUCAGGCCAAUGAGUAACCCUGAGAACGGGUUCUUGAGGAAAUUUCAGGACAAGUUCCGCCAGAUCACCGGUAUCUCUCCUAUUGUUCCAAUCGGGAGAGGAAUACUCCAAUACAGCUUCGGGGUAGUACCGCUGCGAUCUCCAAUCACUACAGUUGUGGGUGCACCUAUGUCAGUGAAAAAGAACUUCGAACCCACUGAAGAGGAAGUGAACGCGGUACACGCCGAAUUUACCGAAAGACUAGUUCAGCUGUUCCAUAAACAAAAACAUAAAUACUUGAAGAACCAUGAAAAUGUUGAAUUAAUUAUCGCAUAAGGACUACGUGUGGCUGUAACUAUAUUUUUUUAUAAUAACUACUACACGAAUAUGACGCCAUGAUUCAUUUUAGCGUAACAUUUUCUAAGAAUAAUGAGCUCAUGCCGAGGUUUUCCCAAGAGACUACAGCAUGGGGUUCUUCAAAAGGGGGGUAAAGAGGUUUCUUCAGGGUCGGCAACGCGCGCGUAAUGCCUCUGGUAUUGCAGGCGUUCAUAAGCUACGAUAACCGCUUACCAUCAGGUGGGCCGUAUGUUUGUUUGCCACCUCAGUGGUAUAAAAAAAAUAACAUAGCUCUAUAUAAAGAUGAAACAUACUAUUUAUACAUAUGCAGAUUUUCAAGUAUUUCUUUAAAUAUGAAAAUACAAAAUAUGAAUGUAACUAAACCUUAACAUAUUAUAUAUCUAAUAUCAGAGAUAAACAACGUAAUUAUAAUAUAAAGAAGUGUACCAGAAUCCUGUGCAGUCAUAUAUAAGUACUACUAAGUACUGAUGAAUAUAGUACCAUAGUUAUUAAGUUCCUCUAAUUAAUAUACCUACUUUAGUAUUUAUUAUAAUUUUUUUUGGUCUUUGGUGCAAAAGCGUGGGUCAAAUUACAAGUGCUUGUCAAGUCCUUGUAUUCUUUUAUUUUUUUCUUUAAUACGUAUUAUUACAAGUAAUAAUAAUACCAUAAUAUACUAGUAGUAUUAUAUUUUAUUAAUAAAACCUUCUUUUUGCUCAGCAUUGGCGUAUUAAAACAUAUCCAGAACACUAAAUCCAUGUAGACCAAGAUUGUGGACUAUGGACGCGUGAGUUCUAUAGUUUUUGUUUUAUUAGAUUUGUUGUUCUGAAUGCCAAAUUACAGAGACUGUUUAGGUUGUUAGUAGUUAGAAUGAAAGUAGGUAGACAUUUUGAGUCAUUACUUUACUGAUAAUUAGUAAUAUAGUUGAUAGUUAAUAUGGUAUGAACCUAUGCAAAAAUUUAAAAUUAAUUUAGUUGAAAUUUAUUGAUAGAAUAAAUUUAAAAAUUA